AUAUUUUCUCUAUCUGGAAUAACAAAUCCUGAGGGAUGUGGGCACUGCACAAUGAAACAGGCACAGAUACACAUUCCCAGGAACAGCAGAGAGUUUGGAGUGAAGGCAGCUGGUUUCACAUUGAUAACAUGGAUUAAUUCACAUUAAGACAUGGAUUAAUGCGUGUCCCAACAAGCUGCUUUUGAGAUCAACCUCAAUGAUGGGGAUUUAUUUUCUGGGCAUCAACAGUUUACCAGUUGCAAAAGUUGUCCCUCCCAACUUCCUGCUCCCAUCUGUUGAUUCCCUGAAGGUUACAGGAAGGUGAGUUUCUGCCUGACAUCUGUUGCAUCACAAGGCAGGCGAUUAGAGGGUGGGAGAAGGGUUCGUGAUUUCUUUCCAAAUUGCUGUUUUCUGUUUUUAAGGUUGACUUUUAUUAAUGGAAGGAGAGGGGGGGAAAAAGUGGGAUUUCAUUCUACAUGUUGUGUGGGACAUCAUGCAUGUGUUGGCGAGCACUUGGAAUGGAGGAGGGUUUCCCUGUGGAGAUGAAAAAAGACCGAAUAUGUAAAGCACAUCAAAGAAAAUCCUGGGUGGAUUUAUUAAUGAGGUAAUUAUCCUUAAUGAGUCUCUGGGCCGGCAGGCACAGGUUGGAGAGGUGUGGGCAGGUCCUGUUGAGGAAAGAUGCCCUUUCAAAACAUUUUCUUGUCCUUCACUUCCUGCUUGCCCAGAGGAUUCCUAGGAUACACCUGUUGCAUGUACUCGUGUAACUCCGAGGCAAAAUUUUUGGGACUGGGGGGAUAAUUCAAGAAAUGAAUGCACCAGGGAGGAGUUUCUUGGAUGAAACUGUCCAAAAUCAGGGUUCUCCUCAUGAGAAGGAUGGGGAGCUGACAGAGGAAGUCCAGAGGAGGCCACGGCAACGCUCCCAGGCUGAGGAAGUUGGGGUUCUCUUGGAGAACUGAAGGUUCCUUAUUGGGGUGAGCUUACUGGGGCUUCCAGUGUUUGAAGAGAGUGGAUACAACAGGGAUAAAUUUUUAUCAGGGAUAGGAAAAGAAAAAAGACAGAAAAUUGUAUUUUAUAAAGAGCUUUUAGGAAAAAUGUGUGACAGAAGUGGAAUGUGAAUCCACGCCUCCAUUUGGGGACGAGAAUUCACACAGCAGGGAUAGCAGGGCCUUGAGUCUGAUGCCUUAGGCCACUCAGCCAUCCUGAUGAUGCCAGGAACCUUCUUCACCCUCAUCAUCCUCAAGGAUCCAUCUUCUCAGCACUUGGGCUUUCCUGCUUCCUUUGCAGCCCCCGCUUCCCAAUUUUAUUUAGUUUUCCCAGCAAUAAACCUCCUCACAAGCUUUUUUCUGCUCCAAAGUGAUGUGGGGUGAUGGAAAGAUCAAUUCUGGAUCUGCUGGCCCCUGCAAUUGCUCCCUGGUGGCUGCUGGAGCCUUUUGGGGACUCUGAGGAUCCGGGGGUUCUUCCUGCCCCAGCCUGGCGGUUUAGGGGUAUUUAUCCCACUAUUUUUAUUCGUGGCAUUGUUAUAAGCAGCUCACCUGGAGUUUUGAGGGGAGAAAACCCACUUACUUUGACCAAGAAAACACCAUCAGGGCUAUUUUUCCAGGUAAAACCCACGAAUUUCUUCCUGCCUGCUGCUGAUUUGGAAGCAGCAGUGUCCCCUCUCUCACCUGGGGGCGGAUUCCAGCGAAACCCUUCCACAUUCCCAACACCUGGUCCAUCCGCGGUCCUGCUAUCCCAAUCUCCCUGGCACAGCUUCCAGCAGGCUCCUCAGACGCUCCGGGUACCAGCCGGGGGGACAGCGCGGGUGACAGAGCAGGAGGAUGGGGGGCUCAGCGGUUCCCCCCGUUCCCACAGUUCCAAAGGGUCCAUGGCAGGUUCGGAGACGGGGCUGGGAUUACUUUACCUCUAGAGGGCUCUGGGUAAGCGCAGCUGCUUCUUGGCCUCUCCUCUCCCGGAUACCGUCUUGGGCUUCCGGAGCGGAGCUGUUCUCGGCAUCGCCUCCAUUGUGUCCUGGCGGGGAGGCUUUGUGGUCCUGGGGUGCAAGGGGGGGGUCUGGGCAUCGCCCCCUCUCUACAGCCUCAGCGUGGGAACGGAGGGCGCUUCUCCUAAGGAAAAGCCUUGUGGAAGCAGCUGCAGGUUCGGCUGGCAGCCGAGGAGCCGCAGACGGCAGGGGAUUUUGGGGAGCCCCGAGGGAGCAAUCUGCAUUGUACUGGGUGCUCCCUCCUGCCAUGGAGCCGUGGGUGCUGCUGGAUCCGCGGCAGAAGGCCCUGUACCUUGACGUGAUGCACGAGAGCUACGAGACCCUCAUGUCCCUGGCAGCUCAGGGGCUGGUGAGUGAAAAAGCAGCGGAGAACAGAGCAUUGGAGAGCGGUGCUGGGCUCGGACCGCACUCACCCCACAGUUUGGAGCGGGAGAAGCCCCUCGGCUCAAACAGGCGCAAAUCGAAGCGCCCAGGCAAAGCCGUGCUCCCUGGUACUCCGAAACCCACCGUGCUCCCCAAACCCAGCUGUGUCAAACCCGUGCGUGGAAAAGGAGCAGCCCGGGAGCGGCCAUUUGCCUGUGCCGACUGUGGGAAGAGCUUCCCCUGGGCAUCGCACCUGGAGCGUCACCGGCGCGUCCACACGGGCGAGCGGCCCUUUGGCUGCCCUGAGUGCGGUGAGACCUACAGCCAGAACUCUCACCUGCUGCAACAUCGCCGCACCCACCUCAGCGACCGCCCACACAAGUGCGGUGACUGCGGCAAGCGCUUCGCCAUCGCGGCCGAGCUGGCGGCCCACGGCCACGGCCAUGCCGCUGACAAACCCCACAAGUGCGAGGACUGUGGAAAGGGCUUUGUGUGGGCAUCGCACCUGGAGCGGCACCGCCGUGUUCACACCGGUGAGAAGCCCUUCGAGUGCCCCGAGUGCGGUGAGGCUUUCAGCCAGGCCUCGCACCUCGCCAAGCACCGCCGCAGCCACACAGGUGAGCGGCCGCACCGCUGCCUGGCUUGUGGGAAGACCUUCUGCCAGAGCUCCGACCUGGCACGGCACCGUCACACACACCUGGGCAGGAGGGCCCUGCACUGCGGAGACUGUGGGAAGCUGUUCCGGGCGGGCCCAGCACUGGCGCGGCACCAGCGGUGCCAUCGCCGGGAACACUUGCACCGCUGCACCGACUGCGGGAAGAGCUUUGUGUGGGCAUCCCACCUGGAGCGGCACCGGCGCGUCCACACAGGUGAGCGGCCCUUCCCCUGCAGCAGCUGUGGCGAGCGCUUCACCCAGAAGGUUCAUCUGCUGCAGCACCGCAAGACCCACUCGCCGGAGAGGCCCUACGAGUGCGGUGACUGCGGCAAGUGCUUUGGGGAACCAACGUGGCCAUGGUGCACCAACGUGGUGCACCAACGUGGCCAUGCCGUGCAAAAGAGCUACACCUGUGGCGACUGCGGGAAGGGCUUUGCCUGGGCGUCCCACCUGGAGCGGCACCGCCGUGUUCACACCGGCGAGAAGCCCUUCGAGUGCCCCGAGUGCGGCGAGGCUUUCAGCCAGGGCUCGCACCUCACCAAGCACCGCCGUAGCCACCUCCCCAAGGCCGCGGGGCAGUCACCCCUCACCAGGACACAGCUCGCUGGGGACAUGACUGGAGCUCACAGCAGUGAGGACCAGUAAGGACCAAGAUUCUCCUCGGUGUGACGGACGUGGAGAGAUAACAGAGGGAAAACUUGUCUUGGGGACAAGCCAAAGGACACCAAGUGGCCCUUGAAGGGCAUUGGGGUGAGUGACAGGGGUGCUUUUGGCACAGGGAUUUAUCUGCCCUGGUGUCUUCCCACAGCAAUGGGUGAACGUUGCACUUGCUGCAGUCCAGACCCCAGAAAAGGGACAAUCUGGGGCAGAAGGAGCCUAUUCCUGAAGGAAACGGCACUUGGCUCCAUCAGGGAGGGAUGGGGGGACAAACAAACAGCAGGAAUAAACUGGGAGCCCCGUACCUCAUGGACACCUGUGUCUCUUUGUCCUCUGACCCUGUGCUCUGAUGCUUUCCCUGCUCCAGGCAGGAAAACUCCACAAGCACCUUCUUCUCCAGAGACAAAAUCACGCAGACAGAGUCACACAACCCAGAUCAUCCCCAAACCCCCUCAGUAAUUGCUCCUCCUGCCCAAAAAGGAUAAAUCAUCACAUUAUUUCCCCAUUAUCCUCUGAGCCUUAGGGGGAAAAUUGGAGUUUUCCCAGCUGUAGGAAGAGCGUUUGAUGCUUUCCUUUACAAAAAUAAUGGACAACCAAAUUCCCAUUGCUCCACUCAUCCUUCCUCAUCCUCCUCAGGUGGAGGUGUGCAGCAGGUGCAUAAGGAUCCAAAUUAUUAAUCUCAUUUUUAUUAAUUUAUUAUUAUUAUUCCUGGAGGACGGGGGGAAAAGGGUGUAUUGAAAGAUUCUGAAUAACUUACUGAUGGCAGGAAAAAAUGGCCAGUUUCCAGCAUGGAUCCCUCCUGCUAUUUUUCACUUUAUUUUUAUGUAUGUUGGAGUCCCCAUCAGCAUCUCAUGCCACUUUAUUUAUUCCUCAGUAUUUUGCCACUCUGCUAAAAUAAAUGGAAAUAAAGGCGUCUAC